CGCCGCCCCGCCCCGAUGGCGCCGGAGGCCGGGGCGCCCUGGGCGGCGCUGCUGCUGCUGGCGGCGCUGGCGCCCGCGCUCUCCGCGGCCGCGGCUGCAGCUGACCACCCGCUGAAGCCGAGGCACGUGAAACUGCUGUCCGCUAAGACGGGCCUGAAAGUCACGUGGGACCCGCCCAAAGACGCCAGCAGUAGGCCCGUGGAGCGUUACAACAUUGCCUACGGGAAGUCCCUGAAAAGCCUUAAGUACAUCAAGGUGAAUGCAGAGACGCGGUCCUUCCUCAUUGAGGACGUGGAGCCGGGGGUAGUGUACUUUGUGCUGGUCACUGCAGAGAACGACAGUGGAGUGAGCCGGCCCGUGUACAGAGCGGAGAGCCUGCCUGGAGGUGAAUGGAUCCAGAUUGAUGGUCUCCCCAUUAAGGGUCCAGGACCAUUUAAUGAAACCGUCACAGAAAAGGAAGUGCCAAACAAGCCCUUGCGUGUCCGAGUCCGACCCUCAGAGGACCGGCUGUCCGUUGCGUGGAAGGCGCCACGCCUGUCCGGAGCCAAGAGCCCUCGCCGAUCGCGGGGCUUCCUUCUGGGCUACGGGGAGAGCGGCCGCAAGAUGAAGUACGUCCCCCUGGGCCGAGAGGAGCGGGCGCACGAGAUCAAGAAGCUGGCCUCCGAGUCGGUGUACGUGGUCUCCCUGCAGUCCCUGAACUCGAGAGGCCAGAGCCAGCCGGUGUACAGGGCCGCCCUCACGAAGCGGAAGAUCUCAGAGGAGGAGGAGCUGGACGUCCCUGAGGACAUCAGCGUUCGUGUGAUGUCGUCCCAGUCUGUGCUGGUGGCCUGGGCGGACCCGGUGGUGGAGAAACAGAAGAAAGCCGUGACGUCCAGGCAGUACACGGUGCGCUACCGGGAGAAGGGGGAGCUGGCCCGCUGGGACUACCGGCAGGGCCCCCAGCGCCGCCUGCUGAUCGAGGGGCUGCUCCCCGACACCAUGUACGAGUUCGCGGUGCGCCUGUCGCAGGGGGACCGGGACGGCAAGUGGAGCACCUCGGUCUUCCAGAGGACGCCGGAGUCCGCUCCCACUACGGCUCCGGAGAACCUGCGAGUCUGGCCGGUCCACGGCAAAACCACGGCUGUCACCGUGGCGUGGGACGCCCUGCCCGAGACGGAGGGCAGAGUGAAAGAGUACAUCCUCUCCUACGCCCCCGCGCUCAAGCCCUUCGGAGCCAAGUCCCUCAGCUUCCCCGGAGAGACCACCUCUGCCCGCGUGGACGGGCUGCAGCCCGGGGAGCGCUAUCUGUUCAAGAUCCGGGCGGCCAACAGGCGGGGAGCGGGGCCGCACUCCAAAGCCUUCGUCGUCGCCAUGCCAACAACCAGGCCCCGGGAGGACACGGACAGCUGGAAGCAGGAGACCUCGCGGCCCUCCCCUGCGCCCCGGACCGCGCCCCCCCACGGCCGGCAGGCCCCGAGCCCCCCGGACCUGAAGGACGGGCUCCUGGCCCCCGGCGGGCUGCCCCGGAAGCCCCCGGCGGCGGAGCUCCCGGACCCCCGAGGGGACCCCCGGACGCCGCCCUCCCAGCCCAGGCCGCCGGGCAGGCCCGUCCACCCCGGCCCGGCCGGACGGGCCCCGGGGAGGGUCCGAGCGCCAGCGCCGCCCCGGCAGGACAACGACUCGCUGGACGGCGAGGAGGACGAGCCGGCGCCGGGCUCCCCGGACCUCAAGGCCGCCCCCGAGGCCCUGCGCCCCAAGAGCGCGGCCGCCGGGCCCGGCCCGUGGCCGCGGGCCCCCCAGGCCGCCAGGCCGGCGCUGCCCGCGCGGAGGGCGCCCCACGCGGAGGCGGGCGAGGACGCACCCCGCGGGGGGCCGCCCCGGCCGCCGCCCCCCGAGCCCCGCGGCCGGACGGAGGGCCCCGCCGCCCCCGCCACCAGGGCCGCCCCGGCCUCCCCGCGCCCGGCGCCCCGGACGCAGGCCCCGCGGAGGGCGGACGGGGACGGCCACGGCCACGGCGCCGGGCGGCCGGCCGAGGCCACGGCGCAGACGCUGCGGGCGGUCCCGGGACACGGCCACGCGCCCCGAGGCCGGCCCUGGGCCCCCGGCAGGCACCCCGGCCGGUUCGGCCCGGGCCGCGGGCCCCGCGUGCAGCCCGCCAGCGCCCCGGCGCCCACCCGCGCCCCCCCGGGGCGCCCCACGCCCGGCCGCGGGCGGGGCCCGGAGGGCGGGGCGGAGGACGAGCAGCCGCUUCCGGCCACGGCGGUGCGGGGCCAGGUGCCCGCCUCCUCCCGGCAGCGCGGCCCCCCGCCGGCCGGGACCCCCGAGGCCCAGCUCCGCCCCGGGGCCGGCGCCCCCCGACGGCGGCCCGCGGCCCCCCGCUCGGACCCGGAGGCCCACGGCUCCAGAGGCGGCCAGCCCCUCCCCGAGGGCCCCGGGGGCGCCGGCGACGACGCGGAGCCCCGGGCCCAGGACACGGCGGCCGCCGGGAGCCAGGCCCUGGCCGCCCGGGCCCCGCAGUCCAACUCCGCAUCGGCCGAGGACGAGGACGAGGAGGACUCGUGGCUCCUGAAGGGCGGGGAGGACCGGGACCCGCUGUCCGCGGCUCCCAGGCGGCCCCCCGGCCCCGCGGACAGGGGCGCCCCGCGCGGGGAGAGCCCGGUGCAGCGGCCUCCUCCCCCGGGCGGCCCCCGCGCCUCGCACCCGCCGCCCCGGCCGCCCGCGGGCACCCCGGCGCCGCCCCGGCCCGCCACGCGCGCCCCGCCGGGCCCGGCGCCCACGCCCGUGCUGUCCCUGCGCCAGCGCAUGAUGCGGGCGCGCUUCCGCAACCCGCUGUCCCGCGCGCCAAGGCCCUCCUUCAGGCCAGGUUAUAACGGCAGGCCCAGCGUGGAGGGGAGAGGGCUGCCCAGCACCAACGGCAGACCGAGCGGACAGAGAGUGAUCAAUGGCCCUCAAGGAACAAAGUGGGUGGUGGAUCUUGAUCGCGGGUUAGUACUGAAUGCUGAAGGAAGGUACCUCCAAGAUUCCCACGGCAAUCCUCUGCGGGUUAAGCUAGGAGGAGACGGUCGGACCAUUGUGGAUCUGGGAGGGACCCCCGUGGUGAGCCCUGACGGGCUCCCCCUCUUCGGGCAGGGGCGACAUGGCCAACCCCUGGCCAGUGCCCAGGAUAAGCCCGUUUUGAGUCUUGGAGGGAAGCCUCUGGUGGGCUUGGAGGUCGUCAAAACAACCACCCGGGCGCCCACCACCACCACUACCACCACCACCACCAGCACCACUACCACUGAGAGACCCACCACUACCCCUCGGCCCACCACGGCAACCCCGCGGCCCAGGACCACCACUCGCCGCACCGCCACCACCACCCACCGCACCACCACCCGGCGCCCAACCACCACCAUCCAGACCACCACCACCCCCGAGCCCACCACGCCCGUGCCCACCUGUCCCCCUGGGACCCUGGAGCGGCACGACGAAGACGGCAACCUGAUCAUGGGCUCCCGUGGGGCCCCGGAGUGCGUCCCUGAGGAAGAGGACUCCUCCGGAUUGGACACAGCCCCGCCCACGGAGGAAGCCUAUGUCGUCUAUGAUGAAGACUAUGAACUUGAGACCUUGAGGCCACCGGCCUCCACCAGGCCCUCCCCCGCGGCCACCACGCCCGCCAUUGUCCCUGCGGAAGGCACCAUCAGCUCCUUCCCUGAGGAAGAGUUGGACCUGGCCGGGAAGAAACGAUUUGUUGCUCCUUAUGUGACGUAUCUAAAUAAAGACCCAGCAGCCCCUUGCUCUCUGACCGAUGCUCUGGAUCACUUCCAAGUGGAGAGCCUGGAUGAAAUCAUUCCGACUGACAUGAGGAAGAAUGACCUGCCUCCUCAGCACGCGCCCCGCAAUAUCACCAUUGUUGCCAUGGAAGGCUGCCACUCCUUUGUCAUUGUGGACUGGGACAAAGCCACCCCGGGAGAUGUGGUAACAGGCUACUUGGUUUACAGCGCGUCCUACGAGGACUUCAUCCGGAACAAGUGGUCCACGCAGGCUUCCACCGUCACGCACCUGCCCAUCGAGAACCUGAAGCCGAACACCAGGUAUUAUUUUAAAGUUCAGGCCAAGAAUCCUCAGGGCUAUGGACCCGUCAGCCCGUCGGUCUCAUUUGUCACGGAGUCAGACAACCCUCUGCUUGUUGUGAGGCCACCGGGCGGGGAGCCCAUCUGGAUCCCGUUUGCUUUCAAACACAAUCCCGACUACACGGACUGCCACGGCCGGCAGUAUGUGAAGCGGACGUGGUACCGGAAGUUUGUGGGCGUCAUCCUCUGCAACUCGCUGCGGUACAAGAUCUACCUCAGUGACAACCUCAGAGACACAUUCUACAGCAUCGGAGACAGCUGGGGCAGAGGUGAAGACCAUUGCCAAUUUGUGGAUUCACACCUGGAUGGAAGAACAGGGCCUCAGUCCUACAUAGAGGCCCUCCCCAGCAUUCAAGGCUACUACCGCCAGUAUCGCCAGGAGCCCGUCCGCUUCGGCAAGAUCGGCUUCGGGACCCCCUAUUACUAUGUGGGCUGGUACGAGUGUGGCGUCUCCAUCCCCGGGAAGUGGUAACGGGACGAGCGUGCAGGAAGCUCGCCCUGCCCGGCCCCCUGACUAACUUGCACUGAGGCCUGAGCAGGAAAAGGAAGACGGUGUCUGUCAGCAAGGCCACGAGGUGGACACUGGAUGUUUGGGGCAUCUUCCGACUGGACUCAGCCCCCUUCCUGGCCUGGACCAGUUUGCUUCUCCACACGUUUUGCUUAUAACAGCUCAUCCCAGAGACAACCAAAGCACAUGGCUACCAGGGAAGCCCGCCGAUUUGGGGCGGUUUUCACCCUUCUUAGGCACAAUGUCCAGACCAUCUGUGUCUCCAGAGAACAGCAGAAGCUGGCUCCAUGGAACGCUACACGCUUUCUCUCUUCAUCGGACUCCUCCCAGACUGGCUGACAUUAUGCUCUGGUCUCUGCCUUUGCAGCAGAACUGGGUUACUCAAAUUACCACCCAAGGAAACAUAUCCCACUUAAGAUUUACCCCAUGGACUCACCCACCGCUAGACCAAAUGUAUCACAUCUUUGUAAAUUCUCAUUUUGAGAGAGAUAUAUAUGUAUAUAUGCAUAUACAUAUCCCCACUUGUCUGCAAGAACGUCAUUAAAAUCGCUAAAUGUUUACUAGAUGAAUGUGUGUGAGGCUUUCGGAGCACAGGUGCUAUUUAUGAACAUCUAACUGAAGUGUGCAGAGCAUGCGUACUGAGCAGUGGAAAGCCCCGCCUCCCCCUGCGAUGCUGCUGAGCUGUGGGUGGCAGGGAUAUGCCCCCCAGAUGGCAAACGCGUUGCAGACCGAGUGCCUUCUCUUCCACGCCCGUGUGGAAGCGCACAGCUGUCUCUGUGGGGACAUACCUCGUGUGUUUCCAGAUUGAGAGUUUAGGUCCCAAAUGAUUUACAAAUCCAGUCUUAAACUCCUUUUCCUCUCCUGCCCACCUCAGUGUCGACCUUCUUGAAAUAAAGCACCUUACCCCUC